CGAUGACGCCGCGGGUGCGGGGCGGUGCGGGAGCGCUGCGGGGAUGGAGGAGAGGGAGCGGCUGUGGCGGCAGAUCCGCCUGCUGCAGGGUCUCAUAAAUGACCAUAAAAACACGCAUGGGGACAUGCCGCGGCCGCUGCCAUCCGCACCACCGAGGUGGAACAACCCCCGCCAGCCUGCCUUCAGCAGGAGGGGGACGUUUUCAACCAGAUAUCCCCAGCAGGCUCCCAGGGAUUUCCAGCCGCGCCAGGGUCACUCCUGGAGGAAAAAAUAUUCCCUCGUCAACCGGCCGCCGGGAUCGGUGUGUGAUGUUGGAAGCAGUGGAAGUGCCAGCACGUCUCAGGCUUUUGGAAGCCAUGGGGAGAGCCAGGCCCCUGAGCCACCAGAAUUGUCCCCAGAGAGACAUGUGGACUUAACCACAGAUGGUAAUAUAGUUGUGGGGAUCCAGCUGCCAGAGAGGGCUGGCCCGUUUGUAGAUAUGAAAGGUUUUGCUGACAUGGGUUCUUACUGUGAGUUUUCUGGGCUCAAAACGAUGGUCACUGCUCCAGGUGACAGUGAAAAUGUGCAGAAAUCUCUGUACACAAGCCGAAAUGAAGAGAGAAGACCCUCUCUCUCUGUUUCAUUUAGUUCAUCUCACCGGUUCGUGAGUUCAGCAUACGUGAGCGUGUCAGAUAAGCCUAGAAUGGUGCAUCUGGCUGGCGAUGUGGCCAGGAGCUCCCCUUCCUCCUGCGGAAGCACCAGUGAAAGUGCCGUGACACUGAAAUCGGAGCCCCAGCAGCCUUCGGUGCUGCCGGAUCACGAGCCGGCUCGGCACUUGGUACGGAGGAAGGCAGAACCGCCAGCUCCAGGGCAGUCUAGUUGUGAGCAAGUCAGGGAUGCUUUUGGAGAGCCAAAGCUCCUUGGAAAUGGCGAGACACGCUCUAGACCUGCGCAGGCUGCGACUUUGGUGGUCGGGAUGACCAGUCCAGCGAAGAGCAGGUUUUCUGUAGUCCCUAAAGCUGCCGGUCUCCAAAGAGCUGCCUCAACAUCCACCUCCAGCAAAGCUCCGAAGUUCAGGAAAACUAACUACACGUGGGUUGCAAACCCUGGUAAAUGCUCUCGUCCUGUGAAGAGAUGGGUAAGCCCUAGAGCUUCUGAAAGUGCCAAGAAGGUUGCUGGUGGAGUGGACAGAAGUGCUAAACUAUCCCCAAAAGCAGACUUGGGAGCAAAGCUGAAGAAAUCAGGAUUGCAGCCCAAACUGGGUGUUUCUCCCAGCAAGUAUAAGUGGAAAGCCUCCAGCCUGCAGACCUUGCCGUCCACCUCCAAGUCAGCAUUCAGGUGGCAAUCUGAGGAUCAGAAAAAACCUCCAGCCCCCAACCUCCCUCGAGCCAACACCGCCCCACCGACUCUGAGUGCUGUGUCUGUUGAUCUCAGCGGGGCGAAGUCCUCCUUCGUUGAUGCUGCGCUGUCCAGUUAUAAAGUGAAGAGUCGGACAAAAAUCAUCAAGAGAAAAGGAAGCUCGGGUUCCCCGACAGAUAAGAAGAACAGCUCCUCGCCCACCAUGCCUCUGAAAAGCCACUUCCAUCUCAGGAAGAAAAACUCCUCGCGGGGGAAACCUUCUGCGACGCUGAAACGCUCCUCAUCCAAGGGCCUGGUGCAGAUCACCAAGCACAGGCUCUGCAGGCUGCCAGCCACCAGGAUGCAGGUCUCCACCAAGGAAGUGGAGAGGAAUUAUACUCCGGUAGAUGAGCCAUUAUUUGGACUGGAAAAUGGACUGGCAAGUGGCACUGGGAUCUGUUCACUUGACGCUCUGGAAGGACUCCUCAGGCUGCCUUUCUCUUCCCCAGGGAGGAGGGUACAAGGAGCCAACUUGCACUUCAUAAGGAGCCCCCCAGCCAACAAGGUGAUAAAGACACGCUACAGGAUAGUGAAGAAGAAUGUGGUGUCUCCAGCCUCAUCAUCCUUCAGCAGCCCAGUUCCCAACUGGAAGACGAGACGCCCCGUGACAUCCAGAUCCCAGCUAUCAAACCAAACGCGCCCAUCGCCUCAAGGUGGCAAGUCCCAGCACGUGCAACAGAGAUGGAGGAGUAAAGGCUAUCGCUGCAUCGGCGGGGUGAUGUACCGAGUGUCGGCAAAUAAACUCUCCAAGACUUCCAACACCCCUGGCCGGGGCAGAGACCUGAACACCAAGAGCCCCGGCAGAGCAGUGAUUCCUCCUUUCUGGCCAAGAUGUGGCUGUCAGGCUGCUUUAACUAAAAGGAUGGCACACAAGCACGGGAGCGUGUUCGUCCCCGAGAGUCCACUUUUAUGCCCGGCGAGGUUGCAUUGUACACCCAGUCCUGGCUUCUCUCCAUCCGGCUGCCUGAACAGAUCAGCUACGAGCCGAUACAUCGCCAGCCGUGCUGUUCAGCGGAGUUUGGCCAUCAUUCGUCAAGCCAAGCAGAAGAAAAAGAAGAAGGAAUACUGUAUGUACUACAACCGCUUCGGCAAGUGUAAUCGCGGGGACAGCUGCCCCUACAUCCACGAUCCAGAAAAGGUGGCCGUCUGUACCAGGUUUCUCCGUGGCACAUGCAAGAAGACAGAUGGGACCUGUUCGUUUUCCCACAAGGUGUCCAAAGACAAGAUGCCGGUGUGCUCCUACUUCUUGAAGGGGAUCUGCAGCAACAGUAACUGCCCGUACAGCCACGUCUAUGUGUCCAGGAAGGCAGAAGUGUGCCAGGAUUUCCUCAAAGGCUAUUGCCCCAUGGGAGAAAAGUGCAAGAAGAAGCACACGCUGGUUUGCCCCGACUUUGCCAAGAAAGGUGUCUGCCCCAGGGGUGCCCGGUGCAAGCUGCUGCACCCCCAGAAGAAGCGUCACCCAAGAGAGGCAGAAGAUGGGGACCGCAACGAACCCCCUUCCAAGUGGAGACGGGUCUGGGAGGAGACGGGCAGGAAUGAUCCAGCUCAGCUCCAUGAUGAUGGGGAAAUACCCGGACCCUCCAGUGCAGAGCAAGAGGUGAAGUUUUGGAAAGAGACAGACACUUCACCAACCAGCUGGCUGCAAAAGCUGCCGUCCUUCAUCUCUCUCCAGUCCUCAGCAUCCCCCGGUGAUGAGGGCUGCAAAGUGGAGAAGGACGAGGAUGAGCCGGAGGAUGAGCCAGGCACUGCCAAACGGAAGAGGACUUUGCCGCUGGCAUCCUUGUGGGACUCUGAAAAUGCCCGUCUUGAGGAGGGUGGCAGAGGCAAACGGCUGCAGAUCAAGCCCCGUCUAUGAGCAAGACCUGACCCCGCGGCAGCCGACCAGCUCAGGAACCGCAGAGCCGGGCACGACCUGGCACCUACCUCAGGACGCCGCGGCCAGAAGCGGCACCCCCUUCUCAUCUUGCUUUUCCGGGACAUCAUUUUGGCAGGGAGCCGUGUGGCAGCGUGGGGAAGUGCCACCCGUUCCUGCAGGGAAGCAGCUUUGUUUGACGUAUUUUAAUUUGCCAAUAAAUUAUCUUUUCAGCCGGUUUAUUGAAGGCAAGCCCUGCCGCCAGGCUCCUUGGAUGCUUGCGGGGCUGGGAAGAGGCUCCCAUCCCCAUCGGUCUUCCUGCAGAUCGCGGCUCUGCUGCUGUCCCGGACACGAGGUGACACGGGGACCUGAGGAGCUUAAUGCCAUCACCAGACGUGCCCGCAUCCAGGUCAGCCACUAUAUUGGGGACAAGUGUGGCUGGUGGUCACAAGUCACCCUGCCGGGUUGUGAUGGGGUGUAAAGCCCCCGCACGGUUCAGCCCCGGUCUCUCCAUGCCCAGAGGCCACCUGCAUCCAUCCCGCUCCAUCCCCUUGGUUUUGGGAGGAGAUUUCUUGGAGCGGAGCCGUGGGCCAAGAGCAUCCUUAGUGGAAACGUGUGUUGGGAGCAGUGCUGAGCUCACACCAAAUGCUCCUGCAGCAUGUCGGGGUCUCCCAUGGCUGGUUGCACCCUGAUCCCCACCUCUCCCCACCUCAGUGGGGGUUUGGUCUCCCUUGGGAAACCCAAACCAGUUCUUUGGGGUUUUUUGGGGGGUUCUUCCAAAUCCAAGAAGGAGCAAAGUACGGAGGGAGCAUUGUGCCGAGCCGAAUACUGCCGGCCACGCAGCUGCCGGCACGACGGGUUUUUGCAUCCGUGGGUACAAUUUCCACGGGGAUUUCAGGGCUGUUCUCCCCCACGGAUGCCAUUCUGGGGGCAGCUGCAGGACGUCCCCUUGCCAAGAGGUGCCGAGAGCCGGGAGCAUCCGUGCGGGGCGGCCGGAUUUGCCCAUCCAGUGCCCCUCAAUUGCAGCACCUUCAGGCAAAACCCUGCGGGAAAAAGGCAUCAGCGGGGACGUGGGUGAGCACUGGGACUCCCUGGGGACCCAGCACCCAGGUGCGCUUGGCGGUGGGGUGGGCGACGGAGCCACCACGAUGCCGUGGGCUCAGGUGCGCCGGCGGCUCCGGCAAAGGGCUGACGGCUGCGGUUUCGCCCCCCGCACCUGGGCAGCGUGGGUCCCCACGGGGGUUUCCCUUCCCCAGGUGACCCCCACGGAGGGGUCUUGUUAUCACCCCACAUCUGGGAUGCACCCCCUUGCCCGGCUCGUGGUGGGGGAUUUAUCGCCUGGUUUGGGUGGCUCGGGGCAUGGCGUGCCACCAAAAGCAUUAAUGCCUGUCACCUCCGUGGGCUCCGGUUUAAGGAUGCUGCCCGCUGCUGAACUGGCAGCUGGUGGGGGGGUUAGUGCCACUUGGAGACCAGUUUGGGGUGGCCGCGUCCCCAGCAUGCCCCCAGCCGUUGCGAGGACCAGCGGGUCUCCCCCCUCGGGGCUGCCCUCAUACCCCAGCGUGUGUACAGUGAGCUGAUUUUUUAAUAAAAAAAACUUUGUCGUCUCCGUUGAUAUUAAAUGUCUUUUAUUAACCUGUGUGUUUUGAUAUGUAAAUAAAGAGUUUCUUCCCCGGGA